CCUGAUUUAGUCUUAUUCUAAAACUGAGGCCGGGUUGAUUCAGUCUGACAGGCAGGUGGAUAUUGAAAUGUUCAACUAUGAUGGUUUAACUCCAUUGCAUGCAGCUGUCUUGUCUCACAACGCUGUGGUUAAAGAGCUGAGGACUCUGCCAUAUAUGAGCACAGAUUUCCCAAAGGAGCUGGCGCAGAGGGCACACAUGUACGUAGAGUGUAUCAAGACUCUCCUGCUUACGGGAGCCUCCAGUGGGACGAAGGAUCAAAAAAGUGGAAGGACGUGUCUUCACAUGGCUGCCGAGGAGGCAAACGUGGAGCUGUUCAACAUUUUCCUGGACCAGCCGCAGUCAGCUUUAAAUGUUAAGGUUAGUCAUUGUAUUUGCAAUCAAAGGGAAACUCACUCACACACGCACACACACACACACUGCACGUUAUUGAAUGUACGGUUCUGUACGUUUCAGACAUUCAGCGGCAACACGGCCCUGCACAUUGUCAGCUCUUUGCAAAAUCAUAAACGUCAAGUGGAAGCUGUGAAGCUGCUGAUGAGGAUAGGUGCGGUCCCCGGGGCCAGGAACUUUGAAAAUGAACUGCCGUGUCAGCUGGUGCCCAGAGGACCCACUGGGGAAAAGGUGCAGCAGUUGCUGAAAGGAAAUAUGUACAUGCUUAAGUGAAGCUCAGAAACACUGUCAGUCAGACAGUCCAAUCUAUUAUUAUAUUAUUUGCCAAAAAAGGCAGAUGCUGGUUGUUUCAGUGAAACAUGCUUAUUGUUCAUUACCAUGUAAUGCUCAAGGAGAAAGUGAGGGUAUGAAUCUUGUUUAUUAACAUUAAGGAUUGGGAAUAUGCUCUGUAAAUCAAUAUUUGUUUUGGAUGAUUUAUGAUUAUUUCUGAGAUGUUUUU